UAAUUUCGAAACCCAUAGGAGAAUAAUUGUUUGAAGAGUAAAAUAUUUGUGAGAUCCUCUCGCCAAUCCCCUUCAUCUUUGCGUCUACAAAAUCUGCGUUUAAUGUAUUUAGCCAUUUUUAUUGCUGGCAACGUACUUAUAAAUCAAGAUUUGGACUUCUGAUUAUUGUAACUUGCAAGUGUUAACAAGCCAAUGAAGCUGAAUGAAAUGAACAUACAUUUUUUUCUUCUUUUUUUGUUUGACAUUUAAAAAAAAAAAAAAGGCUUUACGCUACAAUAUCCUGCACGCUAUAGGGUUGUUUAAUUGUUGACCUAUUCCGCUGGCGGCUAAUGGUGACGACUCAGGUAACUAAGGUUCAGAUAGAUUGGACACAUACGACAUUAUAUCGGCAGUUGAAUCGGUUUAACCCCUUUUACUACUCGCAAGUGGCAAGUGAACGACAAAAAGUCGCGGAACAAAACUUCCAGUUCCACUACUGUUUUAUACUUUAUUCGUACAAGAAUUAUAGUACCAUCUUGUCCAUACCUGCUUUUGCUGUGAGAUAAGUUAGAUUACCAAAUUUCUUAAAAAUUGACAUGCUCUUUGAUUCCGAUCUUAUCUUCACUCCAAUAUAAAAUAAAAGGUUUAUUAGAACAUGAAACCCACAACCACAUUUGUUUGCAACAGAAACCUGCUUAAUUGGGUGGCAUCAGCAUGCCUAAUCUUACAAACAACCCCUUAAAAACUGAGGUUUGCAAAGUUGAUGUUGAUCGUCGCAAAUUUGAAAAUUCAUUCUCCCAAAUUGGAGGUUUCGUGAAAGUAUGUGUUGUGUGUUUUAUAUACAUAUAUAUAUGUCGUAGAGACGAUCUAGCUAUUUUAGCUCGAAAGAGAGAAGAAGACCAAAGCUUAUCAUCACCAGCAGAUUAAGAGGAGGAAAGGUGGAGCUCUCCCGCAGUGCUACGAUGCCAAUACUGAGAGAGAGGUCUCUCCUACACACCGAGAAUCUGACACGCCCUUCGAACUCAUUUGGGUCAUGUGCAUGUUUUAGACAGGAUUACGUUAUGACAUCCCAUUUUCAGGUUAUAGUGAUGACUGCAAACAUGGGAUGUGAUCGUUGUCGGCAGAGAGUAUCCCAAGUUGCUUCAAAGAUGACUGGAUUGGAAGAAUAUACCGUGGAUGUGCCAAAUCGACGAGUAACUAUGAAAGCAGAGUUCGGAUUUCAGUGGAAAGCAAAAGAUGAUGCUCCCAAGAGCAAGAUGAACAAAGAGUUUCGCCGAUUAACAUACUUAUUCAAACCUUUUAGAGGAACUUGUUUUGGUAAUCAUUUGGCUAAUUGACUGUAAAAGUGUCAAGUGUGUCAAUCCCUCAAUAUUGCUAAAUUCUGUUCCAAAUUUAGUUAUUUAGCAAACUGAUGAACAUGGGGCAAAACAUCGGUUUUGUUUACCUUAAUGAUCCGCAAGUUUAUGGCAAAUUGGCGUUCACCAA